AUGAACGUCUUUAUAUUUGGAGAUCAGACAGCCGACCAGUACCCGCUGCUUAGGAAGGCCAAUGUCUGGAAAGGCAAUGCUCUUCUAUCAAACUUUCUGGAACGCACGAGCGUCGUUCUCCGAGAAGAGAUCCAGCGACUACCCAAGACCCAACGGGAACAGAUCCCAGACUUUCUCCGACUAUCCGAUUUGGUAGAAGCCUAUUAUGCUAAAGGAUUGAAAAUUCCCCAGAUUGAAAGUUCCAUGGUUACAAUAGCGCAGUUGGCACACUAUAUUGGAUAUUUCGGGGAGAAUGUACAAGAACUCCCAGUGCCAUCCAAUACUCGUCUACUCGGCCUCUGCACUGGACUUCUCGCCGCCUCGAUUGUUGCUUCUGCAAAGACGCUCGACGAGCUGGUACCACUUGCGGUUGAAGCAGUGCGGAUUUCUUUUCGAAUGGGAACUUGCGUAGGAGCCGUGAAAGAUGCACUCGAACAACCUGCCAACGCAAAUGAGAGCUGGUCUACCAUUAUUGCGAGCAUAUCGGAAAAAGCUGCGAAUGCUGCAAUUGCCGAGUUCCAUCAAGAGCGACGAAUAGUGAAGUCCGCGCAGGCGUAUGUCAGUGCCGUUAGCGUGAUGGCUAUUACCGUUAGCGGUCCACCUUCAACAACCAAGCGCCUCUUCGAGGACAGCGAUGCAUUCUCCAGCAACACGAGGGUACCAAUCCCAGUAUAUGCCCCUUAUCACGCCUCUCAUCUUUACGGUGAAGCCGAUAUUGACAGGAUCUUGGGCGACGAAAUCUCAGACAUACUGUGCAAAUUCAGGCCACACUCGCUCAUUCAUUCUGCAUCUACUGGAAUCUGCCAUACUGCCACGAACACUCUCGACUUGGUGAAGACUGUACUGGCGGAGAUAUUGCUCGAGCCUGUCCGGUGGGACAACUUGCUUGAGGAAUGUGUAUCACAGGUGACUGCCGUUAGUAAUAACACUUGCAACAUCACCGCUAUCGGCGUGACCAAUGUCGCCAACAGCCUGGCCUCGGCGCUCAAAGCUGGAGGGCAAUCAUCCGUUUCGAUCCGCGACCACACCUCUUGGAUCGCAAAGACAGAGGAUGCGAACGGUCGCACUCAAAAUGACAAAAUUGCAAUCGUCGGCAUGUCUGGCCGCUUCCCGAGUGCUGCCAGCCACGAAGCACUCUGGGAACUGCUUGAGAAAGGUCUUGACGUCCAUCGCGAAGUUCCAUCUGAACGCUUCGACGCGCAAGCCCAUUGUGAUCCUUCAGGAAAGGGCAAGAAUAAGAGUCAUACUCCAUAUGGAUGUUUUAUUGAUGAACCGGGGCUCUUUGACCCUCGGUUCUUCAACAUGUCACCACGCGAAGCCGCUCAAACCGACCCUAUGGGACGUCUAGCUCUCGUCACUGCCUAUGAGGCUUUGGAAAUGUCUGGCUAUGUCCCUAAUCGUACACCAUCCACUAAGCUUCACCGAAUCGGAACUUUCUACGGCCAGACUUCAGAUGAUUGGCGAGAGAUCAAUGCAGCGGAAAAUGUGGACACCUACUUUAUCACUGGUGGUGUGCGCGCAUUUGCUCCUGGAAGAAUCAACUACUAUUUCAAGUUCUCUGGUCCGUCCUUCAGCAUCGAUACGGCCUGUUCAUCGUCUCUCGCUGCAAUUCAGCUUGCUUGUACCUCAUUGUGGGCGGGCGAUUGUGACACUGCCUGUGCUGGUGGUUUGAACGUCUUGACCAACCCCGAUAUUUUUGCCGGGCUUAGCAAGGGCCAAUUCCUCUCAAAGACCGGUAGCUGCAAGACAUACGACAAUGACGCCGAUGGUUAUUGCCGUGGCGAUGGCUGUGGAACAGUCAUUUUGAAGCGUUACGAAGACGCUAUUGCAGACAACGAUAACAUCCUCGGAUGCAUUCUGGGCGCAGCGACCAACCAUAGCGCCGAAGCGGUUUCCAUCACACAUCCUCACGCAGGAGCCCAAGAAUACCUCUACAAGCGUGUUCUGGCAAAUGCUGGCGUCGAUGCACAUGACAUAAGCUAUGUCGAGAUGCAUGGUACGGGCACCCAGGCUGGAGAUGGAAUCGAGAUGACAUCAGUUACGAAUGUCUUCGCACCGCGUCAUCGUCAGCGCCGCCCAGAUCAGACCCUCCAUCUAGGAGCUAUCAAGGCCAACAUUGGACAUGGAGAGGCAGCCUCUGGCAUCAAUUCCAUGAUCAAGGUUCUCAUGAUGUUGAACAAGAAUGCGAUCCCAGCCAAUGUCGGUAUCAAGGGAAUUAUGAACAAGACAUUCCCCAAAGAUCUCCUGCAACGAAAUGUACACAUCGAAACGAAGCAAGUUGCCUACCCACGUAAAGGAGCGGAAAAGCGCAAGCUUUUCCUAAACAACUUCUCUGCUGCAGGAGGCAAUACCGCUGUUGUGUUAGAAGACGGGCCGCUUCGAGAAGCCCCCCUCGCUACGGAUCCCAGGUCCACGCAUACUAUCACCGUCACCGCUAGAUCUAUAGCAUCUCUGAAGAGGAACAUCAACAACCUCAUCAAGUACUUGGAUGAUCACCCAGACACUACACUUCCAAGCCUGGCAUACACCACUACGGCCCGCCGCAUUCAACACAAUUAUCGCAUUUCGGUGUGUGUGUCAGACAUCACCAAGGUGAAAGACGCCCUACAAUCUCAACUGAAAGACUCCUACAGUCCGAUCGCCAUGGUUCCCACCAAAACAGCCUUCACGUUCACCGGCCAAGGCUCGCAAUACACUGGGCUUGGACAAAAGCUCUAUCAAGACUUGGAGACCUUCAAGGCCGACAUCGACCAGCUGGAUAACCUUGCACGGCUUCACAGCCUUCCGUCCUUCCUCCCGCUCAUUGAUGGCACCGAUGUUACUACUCUUUCCCCGGUUGUCGUUCAACUAGGCAUGGCAUGCAUCCAGGUUGCUCUUGCUCGUAUGUGGGCAUCCUGGGGCAUCAAGCCGUCCGCCGUCAUUGGCCACAGUCUUGGCGAGUACGCAGCUCUGCAUGUUGCCGGGGUUUUGUCGGCCAGCGAUAUGAUCCUCCUUGUAGGUCGCCGUGCUCAAAUUCUUGAAGAGGAAUGCACUGCCAAUACCCACGGUAUGCUUGCCGUCAAGGGUGGCGUUGAGGCCAUUCGGGAGGCUUUGGGUGAUAAGAUGACCGAGAUCGCAUGCAUGAAUGGUCCGGAGGAGACAGUUUUGUGCGGAACCGUCGAAGUCGUUGAAGCGACUGCGGACGCGCUUGCAGCCAAGGGCUUCAAGGCUACAAAGCUCAAUGUUCCCUUCGCAUUCCACUCCGCCCAGGUUGAGCCAAUUCUCGAGAAGUUCAAAGUGGCAGCCUCGUCUGCCACUUUCAACAAGCCUGACGUUCCUGUUCUUUCUCCUCUCACUGGACAAGUCAUCCGUGAAGCUGGUAUUGUUGGACCUGAAUAUCUGGCUCGACAUGCCCGCGAGACUGUCAACUUCUGGAAUGCCUUGUCCAAUGGCAAGGAAGACAAAGCCUUUGACGACAAGACCGCGUGGCUUGAGGUUGGUGCACACCCGGUAUGUAGCGGUAUGGUGAAAUCAUCUCUCGGUGGUACACCCUGUACGGCCAGCUCUCUUCGCCGCAAUGAAGACCCAUGGAAGACAUUGGCUACCAGCAUCUCUACCCUCUACCUUGCUGGUGUCGCAUUCGACUUCAACGAAUACCACAAGACUUUCAAUGGCGCACACAUGUUACUCACUCUUCCAACAUAUUCAUUUGAUGAUAAGAAGUAUUGGCUGGAUUACCACAAUAACUGGACUCUCACCAAGGGUGAAGCCCAAGUGGAUGUCACGCCUAAAGCCAUCGAAGUACCUGCAGAAGUCCAAUCGAAACUCUCCACAACGUCUUGCCAGAGAAUCGUCCGCGAAGAGCUACAUGCCAAUUCUGGCACAGUGGUGGUCCAGUCUGAUCUUAAUGAACCUAAGAUAAAGGCAACAAUCAGUGGCCAUCAAGUCAAUGGAACACCGCUUUGCCCCUCAUCUUUGUACGCAGAUCAGGCAAUGACUGUCGCAGAUUACCUCUACAAACAGUUGCGCCCUAAUCUUGAGACACCUGGUUUGAAUGUAUGCGCUAUGGAAGUCACGAAACCCUUGAUUCCGUCCAAUCCUCCGCCAGCUGGAGGUCAGCACAUCCAGAUCGAGGCCACUGCCGACCUUGAAACCAACCAAGUGGAACUCAAGUAUCGCACUGUAUCCGCCGACGGCUCCAAGGUUCUUGCAGAGCAUGCUUUCGGCCUAGUCAAGUAUGAAGAUGUCAAUGCUUGGAAGCAGGAGUGGGCUCGCACACAGUACAUGGUGCAAACCCAGAUCGAUAUUUUGAAACAGAAACUCGAGUCAGGUGCGGCGCACAAGGUACUCCGUGGUAUGGCAUACAAACUGUUCAAGGCACUGGUUACCUAUGCCGAUAACUACAGGGGCAUGGAAGAAGUCAUCUUAGAUGGAAAACAGACCGAGGCCACUGCUAGCGUCAAAUUCCAGACAACGCCUGCCGAUGGACAGUUCCUCUGCUCUCCUUACUGGAUUGACAGCUUGGCCCAUCUUUCGGGCUUCAUUGUCAACGCUUCCGAUCAUCUUGACUCGGAGAACUCUGUCUACAUUUCUCACGGAUGGGGCUCCAUCAAGAUCGCCAAGCAACUUUCUCCAGAUAAGAAGUACCGCUCCUACGUGAGGAUGCAGCCAGCACCAGGAAAUAUUUCCGUCGGCGAUGUGUAUAUCAUGGAAGAUGGCGAGGUUAUCGGGUUGGUGACUGGACUUAAGUUCCAGAAUAUUCCGCGCCGUGCUCUCAACAUCAUGAUGCCACCUGCUGGCAACAAAGCCUCGGCUGCUCCCGCUAAGGCUGCACCAGCAAAGGCAUCAACUUCCGCAGCUUCGAAACCAGUCCUUGCUCCUGUCAAGACAUCGAAACAAGUCACCAAGGCAGUCAAGCCAGCAAAGGCCGCCCCACGUGCUCCAAAGCAAUCAGCUACCUCGAUCUCUUCUCGUGUCAUGAAGAUCAUUGCUGAGGAAACCGAUGUUGAUAUGUCUGAGUUGGUUGAGGAAGCAGCCUUCGAGAACCUCGGCGUGGAUUCCCUAAUGUCUCUCACCAUUUCUGCCAAGUUCCGAGAGGAUCUCGACCUAGAAAUCAGCUCUACCCUCUUCACCGAUUACCCUACCGUCGGGGAAAUGAAGAAAUUCUUCUCCCAGUAUGAUGGCGGUGCACCACUUGUCGACGAGGACACCGAGUCUGACACUACGGAUGAGCCAUCGGAUUCUUCAACUCCCUUUGAUGAAGGUACCGUUAGCACUCCAGCCAGUUCAGCACCAAGUGUAUCGGGUAAAGAUGCUGGCGUGGAGAGCCACACAUCCGCAGUCGCUCCAGCCAUCUCGGGUAGUGGCCCCAGCCUUGCCCGUAAGAUCGUUGCUGAAGAGAUGGGUGUUGAUGUGUCUGAGAUCACUGACAAGCUCGACCUAUCAGAGAUGGGCAUGGAUUCACUGAUGAGCUUGACUAUUCUAGGAGCUCUGCGUGAGCAGACUGGGGUUGACCUACCCUCAACCUUCUUGGUCACUAAUGUCACCAUCGAGGAUAUUGAGAAUGAGCUCGGCAUGCGCCCCAAGCCCAAGGCCGUUGCCCCUGCCCCGACAAAGCCAUCCAAGGCACCCCAGCUCUCUGAGGUGAACAAGAGAUUGGAAAAGUCCGUUGACGUUUCUCGUUUCCCGCCAGCAACCUCGGUGUUGCUCCAAGGAAAUGCCAAAAUCGCGACUAAGAAAUUCUUCUUGGUCCCAGAUGGUUCCGGCAGCGCGACAUCCUACAUCUCCAUCCCUAACAUCUCGCCUGAUAUGGCCGUCUAUGGACUGAACUGUCCCUUCAUGAAGAGCCCUGAGAAGUGGACAUGUGGUGUCGAGGGUGUUUCCGCUCUCUACCUCAAGGAGAUCAAACGCCGCCAGCCUGAGGGACCAUACCUCAUCGGUGGUUGGUCUGCUGGUGGUGUGAUGGCAUAUGAAGUUUGCCAGCAGCUCGUGAACAGCGGAGAGAAGGUCGAGAGCCUCGUACUCAUCGACGCUCCCUGCCCAGUCGCUCUCGAUCCCCUUCCCGCCCGCCUGCACAUCUUCUUCGAUCAGAUCGGUCUCCUCGGUACAGGCAAGCCAGGUGGUACACCCGGCUGGCUCCUUCCUCACUUCGCGGCAGCCAUCCAGAACCUCAAGGACUAUGAACCAAUCCCCAUGGACCCCAAGAAGGCACCACCCGUCCUCGCUAUUUGGUGUACCGACGGCGUCUGCCCCAACCCCGACGACCCUCGUCCCCCACCAGGCGAGGGUGAAGAUCCCGCCCCCAUGACCUGGCUCCUAAACAACCGAACCAUCUUCGAUGACAACGGCUGGGCGCAGCUGCUGCCGAAGGACAACUUCGAGUACGCUGUCAUGGGAGGCAACCACUUCACGAUGAUGAAAGGCGACCAUGGCGUCACACUCGGCAAGCUCCUUCAGAAGGGCCUCAAAUUGUAA